AAACAAACCAGACAACAAAGAAAUAACAAAAAAAUGUAUCAAGAUUACAAGCAACUCCUUGUUGAAAAGCAGGACAAAAUAGUAGUGGUCAAAUUUAAUAAUCCCAAAAAGAAGAAUUGUGUCAAUCGCAUAGCCUAUGGCGAAAUUGCCAAAGUAUUACAAGAAGCAGGCAAUGAUGAUACUACGACAAUAGUGGUAUUUACCGGGGUGGGAGAUUUCUAUACGGCCGGCAAUGAUUUGUCUCAAUCUGGUGAUAUGGACGAUAUGGAUGCUUACAUACGCGAGUCUAAUGCAAUUUUCAAAACUAUGGUACAUUCCUUUAUUGAUUGCCCCAAGAUAAUAGUGUCCUUGGUUAAUGGUCCCUGCAUAGGUAUCGGUACUACUUUAGCGGGUAUUUCGGAUUUAGUAUGGUGCUCUGAGACUGCCUAUUUUUCUACACCAUUCGUUAAAUUGGGUAUAGUACCUGAAGCUGGCUCUUCCUAUUUAUUUCCUCAUCUGAUGGGCCGUUCUAAGGCCACUGAAGUUUUAUUAUUUGGCGAAAAGCUUUUGGCUCAAGAUGCCUAUAAUUUUAAUUUUGUUUCACGUAUUUAUAAAAGCUCCGAGGUAGAUACAGUGAUAUGGCCAAAAUUACGUGAAUUUGCUGAGUUGCCGCCACAAUCACUGCAAAUCUCUAAAAGAUUGGUGCGCAGCGAAGAGAAGAAGGCUUUGUUGCAUGCUAUCGAUGUGGAAUGUGAAGAAUUGUUAAAACGUUUUGGUAGUGAAGAGUUUAUGAACGCUUUAAUACAAUUCACAAUGAGAAAGUCUAAAUUGUAAAUUCAAUACUAGUGUGUUAUUUACUGUAAAGUUUUGAUCACAAGUUCAAAUAAUACUAUGUUAUUAUAUGAAUGAAUAAAAAUAGCUUCCAAAGAAGUAUAAAAUAACUAGGUAGUUCUACAAAAA